AUGAAGCUCGCGGCCAGUCAGACGCUUUACAACGUUUUGGGUGUGAGCCGACAGGCUGACAAUGCCCAGAUUCGACAAGCAUACCGACAUCUAGCACUGGCCACACAUCCGGACAAAGGUGGAAGCGCAGAUGAAUUUCUCAAGGUCGUUGAGGCAUUCGAGGUCCUGUCAGACGCGCAAAAGCGUGCAACCUACGACGAGGAUCUGCAAAGGACUGGAAGUCAAGAUGGACGUGGUGAUCAGUCAGCAGCCGAGCGGAGGCGGGAAGCAGAGGCGGCACAAUCAGCUCAAGCAGAUGCCUUCGGACUCCCGGACCUGGGUAAAACCGAUCCGGACCAGAAGCCCUGCGAAGGCUGGGGCGUCACGGAGGAGACAAAGCGGGCCAAGGCCUUGUGGUUAGAGCUUCUGGAGGAAUCACGGGAGAAGAGGGCUGAGAGAGUGCUGGAGCUUUCGUGCCGGGCAGCGGAGGUGCUGUUGGCCUACGCCCGCUCCAAUGCUUGCCUGGGAGGCGCUCCAAUGGUGGGGCUGGACGCCGGCAGCGCCAUGAUGGUCACGGAGGUCGUCGACGAUGUGCGCGCCAAAGGCGUGGUGCUGACCGAGGACGAAGGCUGCGGCAGCUCUUUGCUUGCCAUGUCCGGGGCGGGCCCGGACAGUGCAGCCGACAUGACCUCAGCUCCACGGGAUGCGGAGCCUGAGCCUCACCCUGCGAAGCGCAGGCGCAGGGACACGGAAGCAGCCCCGCUUCCCGGUGCCGGUGGCUCCCGAGCCUGGAUUUCUCUGGGGCGGCUGAAGAUCUGCACCGGCGCCUCUGGAGAUGUGGCGGAAGCCAUCAACUGGCACAUCCUCCUGGUCAGAGUCAAGCAGCUGUUCAACGAGCUCACGGCUCGUGGGCAGCCCUUCUCAUCUGCAGCUCGCCGAGCCGUGUCAUCGGCUCUGGCGGAGAGGGACGCUGAAGGUGGCGGGACGGACCCCCGGCUUCGUUUCAUCACCGAGUGCUCCACAGGAAGUGACCAAGUGCUGUUUACUCCGGUGACUUGGGACUUGGAAACCGCCCUGCGCCAGAAUGAGGAGCUUUCGGCCUUACUUGCCGCAUCCGCGUCACGCGCGGAGCUCCUGGCGGCCAUCCAGCGAAUGACCGUGGCCUCGAAGGCAGCUGAAGAGGAGCAGAGAGCCCUCGCGGACUGUCUGGAGCAGCAUCUGCGCCACUUCCAACGCCAGCUCCGCUGGCGUGGCGGGGCGCGGCCCAGGGGUGUGAACGCGAACAUUUGCCGCGUGGUGGGGCCCAGCUACCUGGGGGACCGAGGUCAGCCAGAGAAGGAGAGCAAGCGACAAGCGUUUGCGUACGCAGAGCUGUGGCACCAACGAAAAGGCGCUUCAGAGCCCGAGCAGUUGGAGCCCCUUUGCCGCGGGCCGCGCCGGCGUCGCGCAGAGGAGGCGAUGAAAGAUCUUCGGGCAUUGCAGGUGGCACAAUCGGCCGGCGGCGACGCAGCCGCAAAGGCAGAAGCCCGCAAGCUCUUUGAGGAAGCCAUGCGGGCCUCGCUGUCCGUACCGACCCGUGUCUCUUUCUAUUGCAAGAAAGACGAUGCCAUCGUGCAGUAUGGGUGCGCAGUUGAUAUUCUACAACUGUAUGGUGCAUGUGAUUUGUUCAUUGCGCAGCGGCGAGGCUGGGAGAAGGAGAAGUUUGAACCUGUCGAGAAGGAAUUGACAGCAAAGCGCCACGUGCAGGGCCCUUGGACACCCGAAUUCGAAGCACUUUCCGAGCAGAAGCCAGGUCACGAUCCCGAAAGCCACCUGCUAUGCUGCUUUGCACAACCGAAUCAUGCCCCUGACGUGCGCGCAUGGCCGCAGAGUCGCACGGGCAAAGGACAAUCCGCAUCUGAUGGUGCAGUGCGUGAAGGGCUUACGCCUGCCUUUUCUGCAUGUGCGACGGACAGCACGCAGAAUCGAUGGAGAGAUCCUCUGGAAGAGGUUGGGGCCAUUAUCAUGUUCUUCGCUGCCCGCAUGUGUCACAUCGCAUUUGUGACAUCCAUCGACGCUCGGCGCCUGGAAGAGGAGCGCUUCGCCAUUUUGCCCAGCAACUUCAUGGCCCGCCUAGGUGUGGUACUCCUCCCCUACGACCAGUUCCGUGAAACCGGCAAAGCAGAUUACACGGCCUUCAUGAAGACUCAUCCCGAGACCAUCUCUGAAACAUUUGGCGAUGAGGGCACGUCCGAGGGCCAGAUGGUGAAAGCGAUUGUUCUUCCCAGCUGCAUUAUCAUGGCAAUCGGUGGAAUCAUGAUGCGCUGCGGCGGCUCCUCUAUGAUUGGCUAUGCCUUCCAUGCUGCUCGUGGAUUGUUGACCCCUUUCGGCCUCCUCAUGGUCCUCCAGACGCCAGUGGUCAGCGGCGCCAAAGGUGGAAACAAGGACAUUCGAGCUGGCAAGAAAGUGUCUUCCGUUGAGCUGCUGUAUCAGAUGAACUGGGUGAUGUUGCACAUGAUCGGCUUCUUCGCCUUCUUGGGCCCGGCCGUCCUGAUUGAGCUCCCGGUGGCCAUCUAUGAGAUCACCACCGGGGCAGAUGGCCUCGGUUCCAUGGACGAGGGCAUCAUGGUGAAGCACUAUCGCAUGGUUCUCGCGGUGAUGCGCGUGUUGUGCGCCGUUCUGCUGGUCUUCGCGGCGCCCUUCCUGGCGACCGCCGAGACGAAGAAUCCGAAUACCCUUGGAGCCCUCAAGUGGCGUGCAGAGUUCACGGUCGGCGAGUUCGGCGCCACACAAAUGUACUUCAAUGCCUUGAGCGUUUUCUUCCAACCAGGAGUGGGCCCCUACAGCUGGCUGGAUCUCACCCUCCUUGGCCUUCUGAGUCUCGAAGCCUUCCGCAUCUUCUUCGUGCAUGGUGUGUUUUGGUUGGUGGUCAUGAAACGGUGGGACUCUAUCGACUGGUCAGCAGAGAUGAAGAGGAGGGUCCCUGCACAGGGUCCCGUCAUGCAGGGCCUGCGGACACUCACUGGCGACGAGCUAACCCACAUGCAUGCCGUGCAGGCUGGCGUGCCGGAUUUCUCAGAAUGGAUCAUCAAGGCGUCCAAGUACCUGCCAGCGAGUAUGGUUGCGACAGGCUGCAAGUACGACAAGUUCAGGCUGCUAGUUGUGAAGCCUGACAACUAUGAGAACUUUAGGGCCAUGGAAUUCCACGAACUCAGCGCAGACGACCUGAACGAAUGGAACAAGGAUCUGUGCCGGGUGAGCAAAGCCUUCGAAUCCACCGACACCAUCUUCUUCCCGUAUGGAUUGUACAAGAUGGCAGGGCGCUGA